AUGUCUGCCAUUGGCUCUCUAAUCUUCUGCAAUGACUGUGGAAACCUGUUGGACGAGUCCUCGGGCGAUCCCACCAAGAUCAUUGUCUGCAGCGUCUGCGGGACUCGCAAUAAAGAUGUUGUUCCCAAAACCAUCGUUUCCGAGUCGAAGCCAAGCGCAUUCCCAUCAGCCCUCCGAGCCAAAAGAUCUGCGGUCCAGACGUUGACUGCAGAGGAUAAACGAACAGAAGCGCUCACCCAACAUACUUGCGCGAAAUGUGGACGGAAGGAGAUGUACUAUACGACGGUACAGCUGCGCAGUGCAGAUGAAGGAAGCACGGUUUUCCUGCGCUGUGUUUGCGGUCACAAGGAAACCCAGAACAACUAA